AUGCUUAUCUCAAGGGAAGCGCCAAAUGGUGAAAAAUAUCUGGAAAUAAACAAAGAGCGCGGAGCAGUGUUGGCGACUAAAAACCAUCAAGGUGGCCUAGAUGAUAAAGAAGAUGAGUCAAACGGAAAAAUAUUUGAAAGACCAGGCUCAAAACGCUGCCCAGUGAAACUCAUCGAGAAAUACCUGUCACAUCUGAGUCCCAAAUGCAGCAGUUUAUUCCAGAAACCAAGAAGCUCGUGCAAAGCGUUUAACCCAGCAACGGAUCUUGUGUGGUACUGCUCGAGUCCACUUGGCCACAACACGCUUGAAAAUAUGCUACGAAGAAUGACAUCAAGAGCUGGAAUAAAGCCACAUCUAACAAACCACUCGAUCAGAGCGACCACCGUGACGGUUUUGUCAGCUGCAAACGUCGAGAGUCGGUACAUCAGGGCAAUAACCGGCCACCAAAGUGAAGAAAGCAUCAAGAGCUAUUGUGAUACGCCGACAUUCGAGCAGUUUAAAAGAAUGUCAAACGAGCUAAGUGAAUUCUUCGAUCCAGCUGGUGACGAUGACAAGGCUGUUACAGUCCCUCAGUAAACCGUUGCGUCGUCAUGGAGCCAGCCGCAAUCAGUAGCUACGAGCACUGCAAAUUAUUCCUUCCAGUCCAUUCAAGAUGGAUCACAAAAUCUUGUCCAUGGCUUCAUUCCCGGAGCCACGUUCCAUAACUGUAAUCUCAACUUUAAGGUGAGCUUUGGAGGAAGCAGCAGCAAAUAA